AUGAGUGUCGCCGAUAACGUUUGCGACAUACCCCUAAGUCAGUUCCCCCCAGCGUGUGUCAAAGGAGACAGGCUUGCGAUAACAAUUCCUGAGGAGGAAUAUGCUCUUGGUGUGGAAGCUUGCAAACACCAUCUACAUGGCAGAAUCGUCUGGUCCAAAGGCUCUGCCCCUCUUACUGUCGCGUCCUUGAAAGCUAAGCUCUUGCAGCUGUGGCCUUCUAUAGGCAAGUGGGGAAUCACCUCCCUGGGAAAAGGUUUUUUUGAAUUCGCUUUCUCCACGCUUGAAGAUGUUCAACGUGUGAGAUCGGUGAGCGCUUGGAAUCUAUCUCACGGUGUUCUCAAACUUUUUCCGUGGACUAAAGAUUUUACUCCGGCCACUUUGAAACAAACCUCUGCUCAAGUUUGGAUCAGAAUCCACGGACUUUCCCAAGAAUACUGGAGACCAAGAAUUAUCUUUGCCAUAGCUAGUAGUAUUGGAACGCCUAUUUGCAUAUAUUCUGCCUCUAAUAAAUCAGCCUUUGAUCGACCGUUUGGUCACUUUGUGCGUGUGCUCGUGGAUUUGGACAUGUUGAAGGAGCAAACCUUCAAAGUCCUUGUGGAAAGGAUUGGCUUUGCGUUCUUCGUGGAUAUAGAAUAUGAAAAACUGUCAGAGUUUUGCAACCAUUGCUCCUGCAUUGGUGACUCCAUUGAAAACUGCAAGAGAAAGGAACUGUCUAAGGAACAGGAUAAAAAUACCAACUCGAAGAAAAUUGUGGGUAAGCAAAUCUACAUACCUAAGAAAACACCAAUUGUGGACAAACCUGUAGGUUCUCCUGAAGUAAAUGAAGACUCUAUCUCUCCAACCAUUCAGGUGGAGCAUGCUGCUGAAACUUCUAAUCCUAUCAAUGUCAGGCACAUUGAGCCAACCAUUGAGGGGGACAAUAGGGAUGAACCCAUCCAUCUUUCUGCUCAGGAAGAAGAAGGUAAAUCUGACAAUGAAUAUGUGGAUGCCACUCAACUAGUGGAAUUUGUCCCCGAAACUCAAAUUGACCCGGCGAUUAAGGAACAGGUCACUAAUUUCUUGCAUGAAGCUUGGGCAAACAUGGCUGAGCACGAUCAAAAUGAUGACAAUGGUGUGGACAUAUUUCCAGAUAAGGAUUUUCAAGGCAUUGCUAAUAAAGCCUCUAGGCUGGCCUUGAAGAAAAUGCUCCUCAACAACAAGCUUGAUUUUGUGUUUUUGGCUGAACCUUGGUGUAAAUUUGAGAACUUUCCUCAUCGUUGGAUGGACAGGUUAGACUUUAAAAUUUUUGCUACUAACAAUAGAAAUGAUUUACUGCCCAACAUCUGGUGCUUUUGCAAAUCUAAUCUCGAGCCCAAAAUUGUUAACAUUAGUGAUCAACAUAUUGACUUCACUAUUGAGUCUAACAACAACACUAUAGGGUUUUCGGUUAUCUAUGCCUCCACUAGUUAUAUUCUUAGACGUAAUCUUUGGUCCUCUCUUAGCUCCCUUCCUAAUAAUAUCCCCUGGUCAUUUGUGGGGGAUUUCAAUGCUAUAGUUAGUGCUGCUGAGUAUAGAGGCAAUAAUCAACCUGCCAAGAUCCCCAUGGAGGAUUUCUUUAACUGGUCUGAUAACAAUCAGCUCAUUCAUAUUCCUACUCUUGGCAAUUCCCUCACUUGGUGUAAUGGUGGAAGGGGGAGGCACAGAACUGAAAAGAGGCUCGAUAGAGCCAUUUGUAAUCUGGCCAUGUUGGACUGGUGCAUUUCUGUUUCUUGCCACACGCUCACUAGAUCCAAAUCUGAUCACUACCCUAUUUUGAUUACUAUUAAGUCUGAGGACGUUGUUUUUAAAAGCCAAUUCAAAUUCCUUAGGAUUUGGUCUAAGCAUGAGGACUGUGAGAGACUAGUUAAGGAAGUGUGGAAGGAGCCGGUAGUGGGUUGCCCUAUGCAUAUACUUGCUUCAAAACUUAGAUCUCUUAAGGCUAGACUCAAGGAUUGGAACCUUAACACCUUUGGUAAUGUUCACGAUGCUGUUAAGGUGGCGGAUAGGAAUCUCAAAGAGAUUCAAUCCGACAUCCAGAUUUUUGGUUACUCUGAUCUUUUGCAGGGUAAGGAAACCAAUGCUCAGCUGGACUUGGAUAAAGCUUUACACAUGGAAGAGGAGCUUUGGAGAGAAAAGUCUCGCAUUAAUUGGCAUAUUCAAGGUGAUAGAAACUCUAAAUUUUUUCAUACUUAUGCAAAGAUCAAAAGAAAAACUAAACAUAUAUCCUCUCUUUCUAUUAAUGAUCAAAUUGUAACUGACAGAGGCACCAUUGAGAAUCACAUUGAGGAUCACUUUAAAAACUUGUUUAACUCUAAUUUUGCUGCUCAGGAUUCUGACUUAAUUCAUAGGGUGAUCCCCAAGCUGGUUAAUGAGCAGAUGAAUUGUAGCUUGAUUAGUCUUCCUAGCCUCGAUGAAAUCCAUAAUGCUGUCAUUAAGCUGAACAUUAACUCUGCCCCUGGCCCGGAUGGCUUUGGAGCCAUCUUUUUUGUUAGUUUUUGGGAGAUCAUUAAGACUAAUGUGGUUAAUGCUGUUCAGCAAUUUUUCAGGCAGGGGUGGAUUCUUCCUAACUUUAAUGCUAACAACCUCAUUUUAAUUCCUAAGACUAAAGAGGCUAAUAGCAUUGGGCAGUUCAGGCCUAUAGCUAUUGCGAAUUUUAAGUAUAAAAUCAUUACCAAAAUUAUUGCUGACAGGUUGUCUUCCAUUCUUCCUAACUUAAUCUCCCUUGAGCAAAAGGGUUUCAUAUCUGGGAGAAACAUUAAGGAUGGUAUUUGUCUUGCAUCUGAGGCUAUUAAUAUUCUUGGCAAUAAAAGCUUUAGUGGGAAUGUUGCCCUCAAAAUUGACAUCACUAAAGCUUUUGACUCUUUAAAUUGGAAUUUCUUGCUUAAAACUCUCUCUGCUUUUGGUUUUAACUCCACUUUUUGCUCCUGGAUUCACACCCUCCUUCAAUCUGCCUACCUUUCCAUUGGCCUUAAUGGUAACCAGGUUGGUUAUUUCCACUGUUCCAAUGGAGUGAGGCAGGGGGACCCCCUCUCUCCUCUCCUUUUCUGCUUGGCUGAAGAUGUCCUCAGCAGAGGCAUCAGUGAGCUUGUAAGGUUGAAUCAAAUCAACCUUAUCCAAGCUAACAAGCACUGCAGGGUCCCCUCCCACACUUUCUUUGCUGAUGACAUUUUAAUUUUUUGCAGGGGUGAUGCGAAAUCUCUGACGGCCAUCUCUAAUCUGCUGAAGGACUAUGCAUCUUGCUCUGGCCAGAUUUGCAAUCCCACCAAAUCUAUAAUCUAUGCAGGAGGAAUGUCUAAAGAGAGACAUACUAAUCUUGCCUCUAUCAUUGGCUUCUCUAUUGGCUUCCCUCCCUUCCUGUACCUUGGCGUUCCCAUCUUUAUUGGGAAACCUAAAGCCAAAUACUUCUCUUAUCUUGCUGAUAGUGUCAAGCUCAAGCUGGCCACUUGGAAAGCCUCCAUGCUUUCAAUGGCGGGAAGACUUCUGCUGGUUAAAUCAGUCAUACAUAGUAUGAUGGUUCAUUGCAUAAGUGUCUAUAACAUACCAACUAGUAUCACUGGCAGCAUUGAAAGAUGGAUGCGUAACUUCAUUUGGAGUGGGAAUGUGGACAAGAAAAAAUUGGUUACAGUUUCUUGGAAGAAGUGUUGCUCUCAGUUUGCUGCUGGAGGCCUCAACAUUAUUUCUCUCAAGCAUUACAAUAAAGCUUCGAACCUUCAUUUAUGUUGGAAAUUUUUGAACCAGAACCAUGACUGGGCCAAAUUACUCACUGCUAGAGUCAAAAAAAGGGGAGCAUACAUCAAGUAUGCUAUUAAGUCAUCUCUGUGGAAAGGUUUUAAAGAUGUCCAAGAAUUGGUUUUGGACAAUUGCUCUUGGAUCAUUGGCGAUGGUCAAACCAUCAACUUCUGGAGAGACAACUGGGCGGGUGAAAUCCUGGCUAUUAAAUUCAAAAUUCCUGAGAAAUUUUACCCUUUCCUGAACCAUAGUCUUGCUGAAGUUUGGAGGAAUCAAUCAUGGAACAUACAUAAUAAUAUCUCUCAGGCCCUGCCUACUUUAUUGCCUCUAAUCUCAAGGUUUGUGGUAUCGGCUCUCCCUAUUAAGGAUAUGCUGGCUUGGAAGGAUGUGGAAGGUGGUGUGCUGACCAUUAAGCAUGCUUACUCUCUUUGCCUAGCCCCUGCAAGUUCUGGUUUAUGGAAUCUGUUUCCUUGGGACAGGGACACGGCCCCAACUCAUUCCAUCACUGUCUGGAAAUUCAUUCAUAACCGUUUGUCUACGGAUGAGAAUCUGGCUAUAAGAGGAUUCUCUUUUCCUUCUUGCUGCUCCCUCUGCUACAAAGAGCUGGAAGAAUGCUAUCGUGUGUUAAGGCAUGCGUGGAAUCCUCAAGCCCUGGCUGUGAUUAAGUCGUGCUUAGCUUAUUCCUUCUAUCAAAUUUGGUACUCGAGAAACAAGGCUAGGUUUGAUGAUAAGGUGACUCAAUGGGAAACAUGUGCCUCCCGCAUUGCUGCUAACGCAAAUCUGGUAGGUUCGAACACUACCAAAAAAUCCAAUAAUUCUGUUUCCUGUUUUUCUCUUCUCAAAGCCUUUGCCAUUAACCUUCAUCCUAGGCAUAGCCCUAGCCCUAUUGAGGUUUUGUGGUGUCCUCCAGCCAAAGGUUGGAUAAAGUGCAACACGGAUGGUGUGUCCUCUGGCUCUCCUUCUUUUGCUGCCGCUGGAGGUAUUUUUCGCGACGAGCAGGCUAAUCACAUUUCUAGUUUUGCUGCCUUCAUUGGCCCUGGUUCUCCGGUGGUGGCCGAAUUCAUGGCGGUUAUUAUUGCGAUAGAGAAGGCCAUCAAAGAGAAAUGGACUAAACUUUGGAUCGAAACGGAUUGUAAACUUGUUGUGACGGCUUUUGCAAAUAUUCAUUGUGUGCCUUGGAUUCUCAAGUCUCGUUGGCUUACGUGUUGGGCGUAUACUCUAGAAAUCGAUUUCUUGAUUUCUCACAUUUUUAGAGAGGCCAAUUUUUGUGCGGAUUCUCUGGCCAAUUUCGGUUUAACUAGCAAAAGCUUUACUUGGUUCAAUUAUAUUCUUAAUGACUUUUAUUUGGAUUACUUGCUAGACAAGUCGGGCACACCUAGAUUUAGGAUUUGCUCCUAA